UUUACAAGUUACAUGUCAUAAUGUCGAGCAGGUGCCGCAGGAUUGAGAUAGUGUAAACAGUACAGGGCCGAAGGUUGCAAUGGUUGAAUGGUUGAACGAAAAAGCAAUCCCAUAAGGUCAACCCCAAAACGCUUGCUGUACAAUCACUCCAUGCAUUAUCACUCUUGGUUCGCUGCAAGGGAAUUACAGUAGCGAUUGUGGUCUUCUGAAUCUAUCUCUGGAAAUUCAUUCAACUUUUAUGCCAAUUCUACUUUGCCAUUGCUGGGAUUCCUGAUCGUACACAACUAAGUUCAGAUAAAACCAUGUCAGAAGCAUCAAUGAUUGGUCGCAAGUUUCUGGUUACUGGUGCCACGGAUGGCAUUGGCAAGCAUACAGCUUUCAGACUGGCCCAGACCGGAGCAAUGGUUCUCAUGCAUGGUCGCAGUACGGAGAAACUUCGCAAAGCCAUUGAAGAAAUCGAACAGAAGACGGGAAACAAGUGUCUAGAGUCAUACAUUGCGGACCUGGGCUCCUUCGACCAGGUUCGGAGUCUGUCGGAGGAGAUCCACAAAAAGCACAGCAGCUUGGAUGUCCUUGUGAAUAACGCUGGUGUUUACCUGACCACACGGCAAGAGUCUAAGGAUGGAUAUGAGAUGACCUUUGCGGUAAAUGUCCUCGCCCCGUUCCUCUUGACCUCACUCUUGAUGGACCUUCUAAAGAAGGGACAAUCAAGUCGCAUCGUCCAUGUCAGCUCCAUCUCCCAUCAUAAUUGUCCGAAAGGCGGUUUGGAUGACCUGAACUCUAAAUCAAAUUACGCCGAUGGCCGAGGGGCCUACGGAUUGUCGAAACUGUGCGACAUCAUGUUCACCUACAAGAUGGCGAGAGAUCUUAAAGCUGAUGACAUCACCGUUAACUGCUUGGACCCAGGCACAGUCAACACCAACAUGCUCAUUAAAGCAUGGGGGCCAAUUGGAAUCCCAAUCGAGGAGGCAAACUUCGUAUUCAGAGCCGCUACUGACCCUGUCUUAGACAAGGUGACGGGGAAGUAUUUCGUAGAUGACAAGGACACAGAAACCUCGGCGAUUGCAUACGACAGAGAAAAGCAGAAUAAACUUUGGGCUACCUUGGUUGAAAUAACAGGGGCAGUUUACUAAAUAACACUGCCUGGUGGAGGAAAAUAUAAUAAAUGGAUAAAUGCAAAAAGAAGUGUUGAUGGACUCCUGUUUUGACACAUGGGAAUAUUUCCUCAAAGGUUCAAAACGUGAGGACAUUAUUACAAUUGUUUGUAUUUGUUCGAGAGAACUUUUUAACAAUGAAUUUGUUAAGUUUUCAUGUAUUCAAAUCAUGAUUAAGUUUUGAGAGUUUUUCUGUUUGGUACUUGGUUUUGAUGUACUUUUAGCGCAGAGUACUAAAUGACAGAGUACUGCCCAUGAUGCAGGCAGUUUUGUCUGUACCAGACUGAUCAAAAUAAUUGUUUUAAUUCAGUUAACUUCGGAGUAUCAAAAAUACGUAGAUCUGUUAUAAUUAAACAUAGAGUAUGUGUGACUAGACAUUGCAGCGCAUUUGGCCUCCAAUGAGCUUUGUUUAUUGGUUGUUGUCAAGGACCAGCAUCUCACUAAAUGUGUCCCACCACAUGCAUACAAAAUCCCACCUGUGAAAAUUUGGGCUCAAUUGUUCAUUGAAGUUGCAAGAAAAUUAUGAACAAAAACAUCCUUGUUGU